AUGCCUCCUACACACGCAACGGAGCUCAGGCGCAUGCUUCAGGUCUUCCUAGACAUUACGGAAGAGCGCUCAGGAGCGCUCUCACCUCGCGCUGCCCUCGCUAAGCUCAAGAGCGCUCUCGCUCGCGGGCACCUAUUCAGCGGCUUCUCUCAAGGUCCACCCGAAUGGCAACCUGGCCUUAGGCCACUUAGGCUUGACAGGUCUACUACAGAACCUGCUUGCGAUGAGCUAAACCUGUACGGACUGCUGUGCGCCGAGGUCGGCGCCGUCAAGGAGUACAGUUCCACAUCGCUUCUCUGGAACUCUCUCUACGCUGUCCAGCCCGUCAUCCUCCAAUGGAUAGAAUUCUUCCAUCCCAUGAACAGAAACAUUCGACUCAAGGAUGACGCAGAGUACUCCUAUGGGGUCGGGGUUACCCUCAUAUCCCUCUUCGGCGGCCUUAUUUACCCGCGCCUCGUUAUGGAGACCCAGCAGCUUGCUAGCUGGAUCAUCGGUCAUCGACUGGACGUAUAUAUAACCGACUUCUGGGUUAACCUCCCUCGGUACGUUGUGGACCCGUCGGGUGGCACAGCCGCGAGAGCGAUGGAGUGGAUGUAUACCCUCUUUCGCUGCCUGCGAGGCGCGCGGAUGCCUGCGCGCAUAGGCGAACUCCUUCUCGAGCGCACUAGCGAGAAUCCACGCCGUCUGUGCCGUAGUAUCGCAUACUACGCGGAGGUCAUACCUGUAAAGGAGUAUGCCACAUUGACGGACAACCUCUGGGAACUAGCCUGCCAUCUCAUCUCCGAAGCCCCCGAGCUCGUUCCUUCUACGGUGCGCCUUGUCUCUGCAAUCAAAUACGCCGCCGACUUCAACGCAUGGACGAUUGCCAUGGGUUCGGGCUUCUAUCUCCAAAACCUUUGGAUACGCACUUCGAGCCUCCGCGCUUUGGAGAUCUCCCUCCGGGCCGGUGUGUUCGAAAUCCUGGUCGACCUCAGCAGGAAACUCCCGGCCUUCGAGCGCGCGCUGCACGAGAAUCUCGAUAUUUUCUGCUCCAAAUCACACGGCAGCAGCGGCGGGAGGCCAGACAGCAUUGCCAAGUAUGUUGCCGGAACAAGAGCGGUGAAGGACGCUGCUGCAGAGACACGCGUACGACUAGAGUCAUGCGAUGCAGCGGGUGCUUCAACGCUUUUUACUGCUCCACCGCGUGUCAGCGAGCGCACUGGCACCAAGGUCACAAUAUAG